CGUGGUGUAGAAACAGAGCAAACGUAUGGGUUUCAUCCCAUCUCCAAGUUCUUGCGUCUUGUACUGAAUAGAUAUACAAAAUAUAUUUUAUUUUUUAAAAUUAUUUUUAAAGAAAAUAUCUUUAAAAAACUAAUAAUUUUUUCAUUCAAAAUUAAGGAAAAUUUUCCUUUUCCUAAAGAUCCUUUUUUACAAUUAAAAAAAACUGUUUUUUAUCUCAAACUCUGCAUCAUCGGUGUAUUUGAUAAAAAGUGACAAUUAUAUACAUACAUAUAGUUAUGUAUGUAUUAUAUAUAUAUUACUAAAGGUUCAACCAAGUGUAGUGUGUAAAAAAAAAGUUGGAGAAAGGAGUAUGAAUCUCCCUUCUUUUUCAAAUUCCCCCAGUACAUCACGAAGCUUUGCAGUUUAUUGUGCCCGCACUCUUGGAAGACGAAGCUGAAUGAGCGUGAAAGAAAAUUUUACAAAUUGUAUAUAUAUCACGUAUUUAUAAAAUCGAAAAUUAUUUUUGGUCCUAAUGCUUUUAAAACGGUGGGGGAUAAUUAUAAAGUCGUUUUGAGUACUCGUGGGUAUUUUUACAUUGUUUUGGUUAUAUUUUUGGGUUAAAAAACGUGGUGGUUUUUUUCGGUCUUCAACCGUCUUUUCAUACAAACACGAGAUUUAUUUAUGAUUAGAACAAAAGUGCACACUUCUUGUUAAUUUUAACUAUUCAGACUAAAUAUAAAAGUGCAUUUUGGACGAAUUUUAAAAACAAUUUAGUGGAAUUGAAAAUGCAGCUUAAAGACUUUGUGUACGAUGCCUGUGAUAGGGACCAAAAACUUUCAAUAGAAAUCUACUACGUAUAAAUGUUCGCGUAAAAACCUUCAACUGAUAUUUGAGGAAACGGCUUCACUAAGCAACAUUUGGUGGUGAAAGAUUAGAAAAGAUUUUUUACCGUCCAACUAGAAAAUAAAGAGGCGAAAGAGUUGCAAACUCUUGAUUUUCGUGUGGAGCUGAAAGAUAUUCAACUGAAGACUGAAGUCAUUUAUUAGGAGAAGAAAUUUGUCAAAAUUGCGGCCAUGGGUAGAAAGAAAAUUCAAAUUUCGCGAAUUACUGAUGAACGAAACAGACAAGUAACUUUCAACAAGCGCAAAUUUGGCGUUAUGAAGAAAGCUUAUGAACUGUCGGUGCUGUGUGACUGUGAAAUUGCUCUCAUUAUCUUCUCCAGCAGCAAUAAACUGUACCAAUAUGCUAGCACGGAUAUGGAUAAGGUGCUCCUCAAGUAUACGGAGUACAAUGAGCCACACGAAUCAUUGACAAAUAAAAAUAUUAUCGAGGCGCUUACCAAGAAGGAGAAUAAAAACGGAGUGAUGUCACCGGAAACGGAGGAACCGGAAGCUGAGUACAGCCUCACACCACGCACAGAAGCCAAAUACAACAAAAUCGAUGAAGAUUUCCAACUGAUGGUACAGAGAAAUCAACAAAUUGCCGCUGGGGCACGAGUUAAUAUGGCAGGAAGUAACUAUGCCCUACCUGUAACUGUACCCGUACCAGCGGGUGCAUACAGCAGUGAAGCAGGAAUGCUACAAGCUAGUCCACAGAUGGCACACACAAACAUCAGCCCACGGCCGUCGAGUUCAGAAACGGAUUCUGUAUAUCCUUCAGGAUCAAUGCUUGAAAUGUCCAAUGGAUACCCUCACUCCACAUCACCAUUGGGAGGAUCACCGAGUCCGGGUCCGAGUCCAGGAUUAGGUGGGCAUCAUAUUAACAAACACCUUGUUGUUUCAGCGUCGCAUCAUUUAUCACACAAGCAACAUUCACCAGGACCAAAUAGAUCCAACUCAAAUUUGCGAGUUGUGAUACCCUCACCACUUACGCCAAACCACAUGUCCGCCACGGACGACGUGAGUUAUGCUGAAAGUGCGCCAUAUCUUGUUCUCUUCUCGCAGCACAACCGACAGCCAUCCUCGACACUCAAUACACCUGUUGUGGCACUCCAGACCCCCAUUCCGGGGCUUUCGGGCUAUUCAACGCUGAGUUCCUUUGGCGCCCAAGACUUUUCAAUGACCUCCACGGAUGUUGGUAUGUCGCUCUCCACGUGGAAUACAACUCACCAAAAUUUGGGAACAGUUCAGCACACGAGUGGACUUCCCCAUUUAGCCAUAUCCAACAGUACCCCGCCGCCCUCAACAUCUCCUCUGUCAAUUAAGGUGAAAUCCGAACCGGUGUCACCCCCGCGAGAGCACCAUCCACACGGUGGAAGUGGACUUUUGGCGGGCCAAAGUUCGAUCUCUGUUACGACAAUGAGUGCGGUGCCGGCGUCUGCAGUAACAUCUGUGACGUCAAAUUUGGCAGCGCUAGGACACCAGCAGCAUCUCAUUCUCACAUCGCGGCCCAAUUCAACAGGCCACCUCACGCCCACGCCAGGAUCAGUAACACCUACAAAUGCUCCCUCUCCCGUAUCAGAUCUACGUCACAGUGCGGGCGGAAGUGGGCUAUCCGCGCAUCUGCCGGAGUAUGAUGCCCCAACAAAUGCCCACAAACGCCCCCGAAUAAGUGAGGGGUGGACAACAUAGCCGGCAGACGUUGAUGCCAGCAUGAAUUUCUACAUCACCGGAAAACAUGAGGGAAAUUUUCCCAAUUACGGAAACAGCGUCAUAGUUUUAAAGUGAGUUAAGAAAAAACAAAUAAUUUUUCCCCUUAGAUUUUAUGGAAAAUUAUAUUUCCAUACACACCUCCCCAUCCCCCAAAUAUGUAUGUGUACCUCCUAACCCUUUCAAUCAGUCACUGUGCAAGGGUUACGAGGAGCAACAAGAGAUUUGCAUUAAAAUUGCAAAAAAAGAAAAAAAUCUGUGUCAUAAUUGUUGAAGGAGAAAGAUUAAUAAAUUUAAAAGAAAAAAAAUGUUUGAGAUACUCUCGCAAGACAUUGAGUGAAAUUAUUUUUAUUCAGACAAUUUUCUGAAUAAAUAUUUCAACGUCAUAAUGUACGGAUAUUGUGCAAUAUAAAGUAUAAAUUAAUGAGUGGAAAAAAAUAUCAAUAGAUUUAUUUGUAAAAAGAAAAAUAAAAUGAAGAGUCACUUUAAAGAAAAACUUCUCGUUUCACAAAUCAAGAGAAAUAAAAAAAAAUCCUUGACAAUGCACACAACCUUUUUUAAAUCACUGAUAAAAGAUUAUAAAAAAGACGUUAAAAAAAAUCUUAAAUAUCACAACUUUAUUAAAAAAAAAAAAAAGAAUUAAGAAAAAAAAAGUUUAGAAAAAGUGCCAUAAAAUUGAUAUAAAAAGAAACAUCAUAGAUGAGCUAUUUUGAGAGUGUCAUAGAAAUAUUUUUAAAAACAAACGUGAAUGGAGAUAAAUAAGAGAAAAAAUAUGAAUAUCAAGUCCGCCCUUUAGUCACUGAUAAAAAGGAUAAAAAAAAACGUGUAGUAAACCCAACUUCUGUCGCCGUCUGAAGCAGCAAAUAUCAAGCAUGGUGGAUAAGUUCAAUGCCCGGCAUUUGCUGCUGCAGACGGCAAAUCGUAAAUGGAAUACCAAAUUUUUAAAGUUAAGAUGAUGAAAUUAGAAAGGAACGUUCUUAAAACAUGAAGCUCUUAAUACUCCGAGCCGUUACACUAAAUUCACGUUACAGAAUUUCUUACAUAAUUAUAUUUGUGUGUAAAUAUCGCAAGGAGAAAAUACCAUUUUUCUUUUUUUUACUUUAAAUUAAUUCUUAGUGGUCCAUUGAAAAUGAUCCUCUAUGAAGUUUUUUUUUUCCUUAUUGCUUUCCCGUGCAAUGUACUUAUUGAAGUUAUAUUUUUUUUACAAUAAUUUUCUUCACCAUGAAGGAUUUUUUUUACACCAAAAGAUUUUUGCACAUUGAAUAGUAAUUUUUUUUUAAUAGGGAAAAGGUGCAAAGAAAUUCAACAGAAUUGCAAGAAAUGAUUUUUUUUUAAUUAGAGAAAAUUUUCAAACACUGAACAGGGCAUAAUUUGUGUUUUAAAGCUGAUUCUGUCAAAAAUCUUUUCUUCUUUUAUAACUUGAAAGUUUUUUUAUUAAAUUUUUACAGUUUAUGCUUUAAAAACGUUUUAUUGUCAGCAUUGUCAGGCUCUGUAGUUGUCGAUAAACUCGAUAAUAGAUACAGCUCGGAAAACAUUAAAAAGAAGAAGUUUUAUUUUCACGAAAAAUUGAAGAUUUUUUUUAUAAAAUGCUUUAGUAAGGAUUUUAGAAAAUCUUAUCUAAAUAUUUUUCUUUUGAAAAGAAACUCGAUUAAAAACAAACAUAAUUUUAUUUUAAAAAAUUAAAAGAAUAAAUAUCUAACAAUUAUCAAAAGUAAAAAUAUUAAAAGAUUUCUAUCAGAAUCGACCCCUUUUUUUCAUUUAAAAAUUUGUUUUCAGAAUUUUUGCACAAAAAAUAUUCUCUAUUGGUUUUCAUUUUUUAAAUAUUUUUAUUUCAAGACUUUUUUCCUAAAAUUGAAAUAAAAUUAAUUUGUUUUUAGGACCAUUUUUAAUUGUUGUCAAGAAAAUAUAAAAAUUAACAAAGAAAACAUAAAAAUAAACUCUGUUCAGUGCAAAUUAUUUUAUCAUUUUUUUUUUAACAAUUCUUUUAAAAAAAAUUACUUUUAUAAAUAAAAUAAAAUCAUGAGAUCCAUGAAAAAGUUAUUUAGUCUGGCUUUUUUUUUAAUAAAAAUAAAUAAAAAAUUAAAUAAAUAGAAAACAUUAUUUAUUAGACCUCUAAAAGAAAAGAAAAAAUAUUUUCUAUUUGGUAGCUAAAGUUAUAUUGGUUUUUUUAUUAAGUCAAAAAUAUAUUUUACUAUUUAUACAAAAGAAAAAACAAUGAUAGUUAUUAGUUUUACAUAAAAUAUUUACAAUAAAUUGUAUUGACGAAUGAUUUUUUAUAGUAAAAUUUGGGUUUAAUGAGAAUAAGGAGAAAAAACUGGUCACAAUUGUGAGUAAAUAUAGUUUUUUUUUUGUUUAGAUUAAUGAAAGAUUUUAAGAAUAUUUUUUGAGAUACUCAUGGAGUUAGAGACGUGUGCCAUUUUAUAUGAUAAAGAUUUUAAAAAAAAUUAGUAAGUAUAUGGUGAAGAUUAUAAAUAAAAACUAUUAUUAUUAAAAUAUAUUGAAAGAUUAUCUCUACAAUGUCACUAAAAGUGCAUGAAAUUAUAAUUUUUUUUUAAUAAUCUUGGAGAAACAUAAUUAUAUACAGAUUACUACAUAAAAUUCUUUGCAGAACAGUAAUAGAAAAAAAAAUCGAAUUUCCCAAAAAAAGUCGUGGAAAUCAACAAAAGAAAUAAAACUGAUUAAGAAUUUAUUGUUCUGUAAAUAGAAAUAACUUCCAAGAGUUUUAUUUUUGGUUUUUAUUCUUUCAAAUAAAAAAAAGAAACACAAAUACUAGACGUAAAUUACACAUGAGAUUUUGCAUCAUGCGGGAAGUGAGUGAAGUUUAUUAUUUAAAAAAGAAGAAAAAAAUGAAAAUGAGAAAAUAUUGUAAACUAUUAUAUUAAUAUUUAGUAUAAUAUUUAGUGAGUGAAAUAACGUUUUAGGUAGAAAUUGUUCAGAAAGUCAUCUUUGACUUUAUACUAUUGGAUUUAUGAUUGAAAAUGAUAUUGCAAAAAAAAAUCGAUGAUAGAGGAAAAAAAGUAACACACAAUGUAUAUUUUCUGAUAAAUGAUAUUAUAGAGAGGAAAAAAAUGUUAGUUAAUGAAAAAAAAGAUUAAAUAUAAAAAUCAUCCCGCGCGAUUUUUAGAAACAUUUAAAUGAAUAGUUAAAAGAAAAUAAAGAAGAAAAUAUUGAUAAUAAUGUUACAAUAUUACACAAAGUCACGACAUUAAUUCACACUCAAUCAGAUAAAGUCUUAUGAUGAUUAAUCAAGUGUUUUCCCAAGAUUUUUGUACAUUCUAUUGAGAUAGAUUUUCUUUUUUUUAUUAUUUUCAUCUUGAUGCAAAAAUAAAUGGCGAAUGAACGUUGAUGAAUUUAUAUAUAGAUAAGGUACCUCUAUAUACUGAAGGAGAAUAAUGAAAAGAAUCAUAGCUGGUCGUAAUUUAAAGAAAAAAGUUACUAAAAAAAGUCUUUGUAAAUUCAAAUGAGUAAAAAAUAGUCAUAUUCAUUAAAAGAAAAAAAGAAAAAUAGUAAGUACAAGAAAACCAGCUAAAAAAAUCCUACAAUUUAACAUUUAAAAAAAUAAUAGUUGAAAACAAAAGUCAUCCAUUAAUAGAUAAUAUUUUUCAAAAUAAAAAAAAAAGAAAGAAAGUGUUGAAACAGACGAGUUCGAAUAGAGCAUAAUUUGGGUUUAAAAAAAGGGUAGUUUCUACUCUAUUUUAAUUGGUAAUAAAAAAAAUUACUGAAAAGGAACAUUGGCAAAAUUUUAAUAAAGUUUUUUUUUUUAAAGAAAGGGUUAUAAUCUUUUUGAACUCGUCAAUAUAAAUAAUAAUUUUUUAUUUCACCCAGAAAACAAAUUCUAUUCUAUUAAAUAAUGAAUAAAAAUACCGAAAGAAAAUGAAUUAAACCAUAAAAGAGUUUUAUGAUGUAAUUUUUUGUUGAAGAUAUUAGUUUGAUUUUGAUUUUGGACAGAUUAAGCCCUUAAUUCUUGUUCUUAAAUAUAGCCGGUUCAAAAACAAUCUUCUUCACGAAUUUAUAUCUACUUUUUUUUAUUUCCAACCGAAAAGAAACUUUAUUUGGUAACGGAAAAAUUAAGAAAUGAUUAAGAAGAAAGAAAAACAUUUAUUUCAAUAUUUGAAAAAUAAAAUCAAUUAAAAUUCAAAAUAAAAUAGAAAUAUUAAUUUUUAUUUUAUUUUGUGUCAUAAUUUAGUCCGAAAGAGAUUAGAAGUUGUUAUAAAAUCAACUCUAAAUAAUUCUGAAUCACUUAAGCAACAUUUUCUUUACUUUUCCUAAAUCAGUUUUAUUUUUUCAACAAAUAUUUCAUAAAACUCUAUCAAUACCUAUGGCUUUCUUCAGGGCUUUCUUUCUCACAACUGUUCAAUGUAAAAAGGAAUACAAAGAAAAAAGAUUUUUUCUGAUUUAAAAAAUAAACUGCACGUUUCAUCUACAAGAAAGAAAUCAGAGAAAAUAGAAUUUUAUAUAUUUUGUCAUUUUAUAAAAAAAAAGCGAAGGAGAUUUUUUUAAGGUGUGAUGGUGUGAUUUUUUUUUAAAAUAAUUUCUUCUCAUGUUUUACUACUUUAUUUUCUAUCAUAUAUAAUUAUUAUACAUUAUAAUUUUUAGCUGUAAAUUCCUAUGUUAAUCUGAGAGAGAAAAAACAUCAAUUUUCUUCGGAAAAUUGAAGAAAAGAAUAAAAUAUGAUUUAGUUUUCAAUUGCAA